GCAGUUACGAACUUAAGCAUCGCGCGGGUCUUGGCGUCGCUCUCAUUCUUUGCCAACUUGAGAAUAUCAUAAAACAUCACCUCAUAUUGUUAUAAAGUACACUUAGUUUACUGCUUUACAUAUGUACGUGUAUAUGUAGAACAUUAUUGCCUGAUUAUUUUAUAUUCUGCGGUUAUCCAACUAACAUGAACGCCCUGGCCGUGUUCGCUUUUGCGUUGUGGGCGCUUUUUCUGAGCCUACUGCCACGAAUUUUGCAGUUUUUGCGUCUGCAACGCUUUGCAAGGACGCUGCCUGGUCCUAGCGUGGGUGAACUUAUUGCGAACGUGAAGAAGGGUCAAAUACUAGAAUGGUUGAAGCAGCUGCGCCAGCAACAUGGUCCCGUCUUUCGAAUUUGGUUUGGCAAGGACUUGAUGGUGUUCUUCACUGAUCCGGAAGACAUUAAACAGCUACUGAGCAACAAUACACUGUUGUACAAAUCACGUAACUACGAGCUCUUAGAAGCCUGGUUAGGCAAGGGCUUGCUUACAAAUGGCGGUGAGGCUUGGCAUCGAAGACGGAAACUGCUUACGCCUGGUUUCCAUUUUCGCAUACUGAGCGAGUUCAAGGAACCAAUGGAAGAGAACUGCAAGGUACUGGUGAGCCGAUUGAGCCGGCAUGCGGACGGCAAACCUUUUGAUAUAUAUCCCUAUAUAUCACUCUUUGCACUGGACGCUAUUUGUGAAACAGCCAUGGGUAUCAAAAAGAACGCCCAGAUGCAGAGCGAGUCGGAGUAUGUAAAGGCGGUGCAAACUAUCUGCCGCAUACUGCACAAGCAGAGCUUCUCAUUUUGGCAGCGUUUCAACUUGCUAUUUAAGUUCUCAGAAGCUGGGCGUCAGCGAAAUGCGGCAUUACAUGUCCUGCAUGAUGAGACUAAUCGGGUGAUUAGGAUGCGUCGCGAGUUGCUGCAAAAAUCAAAAAUAAAUAGCCUAAGCGAUGUGGAUGGCAAGCGACGCCUCGCCUUUCUCGACAUGUUGCUCAUUUCGCAACUGGAGGGCGCGGAGCUAACCGAUAUCGAAAUACGCGAAGAGGUGGACACGUUCAUGUUCGAGGGCCACGACACCACCAGUUCGGCCAUUGCCUUUGCGAUAAGUCUGCUUUCCAAGCAUAAAGAUGUACAGCAACGUGUGUACGAGGAGGCGAUGCAGCUGGAAGGCCGUGAAAAAGAAUCUAUGCCUUAUCUGGAGGCUGUCAUUAAGGAGACGUUGCGUCUCUAUCCCCCCGUGCCGUUCUUUUCACGUAAAGUGACCGAAGAUCUGCAGAUCGGUAAAUUGACUAUUCCUAAAGGUGCAUCCGUAAGCAAUCUUAUCUAUAUGGUGCAUCGCGACGAGCUGUAUUUCCCCGAUCCCGAACGCUUCGACCCCGAUCGUUUCCAUCUCAAUGAGCAAAAGCUGCAUCCAUUUGCCUAUGCGGCCUUCAGUGCAGGCCCUAGAAACUGCAUAGGUCAAAAGUUUGCCUUGCUCGAGCUCAAGUGUUCAUUGUCAGCCUUAGUUCGAAAAUUUGAGUUUGUGACCGUCGAGGGAUACGAGCCGAAACCGCUUGCGGAACUUGUUAUGAAAAGUGGAAAUGGAAUUCAGGUGCGCAUGUAUUCCCGUGACUAAAUUGAAGCCAAGUCUCCCAGCUUCACUCCCAAAUCACCGAUCAGCUUUGUUGUCUUUCUUAUAUUUGUAAAUAAAUUGUCAGUCAUAUAUGUAUGUACUUGUA